AAAGCUAUUUCUUUUGUUCCCAUCCGGCUCCGGAACCCCUCGAUCUGCUUCCGUUUCUCUUCUACUUGGAAACCAGUAGUACAUGUGCUGUUCUUGAUGACGGGCUGGAUGUGAUUUUUCUGUGUUGUUGAUUUUCAAUCAAAGCCUUUUUUGGGGGAAAAAUAAGCCCUCGUAUUUAAUAGAUGGAAUAGGUGUUCAGCUAGGUCUUUCUUGGAUUUAAAAUUUUAAAUUGGCGAUCUAUAUGUAAUUUUUCAAAAUUUUGGAGCAGAGUUGUGUUCAUCCUAUGCUGGUAGCUCAAAUCCCACUUGUACACCUCAAAUAUGAAGCGAAUUCUUACCUACGUGCUUAUAAAAAUCUUUGAAUUAAGAAAUUCAAUCCGAUCUGACAAUCUCAAGAUCAUUUGAAGCUGUGAGAUAUGUUUUUAUAAUUUUUUUGUUUCAAUCCCGGCAUCUUCAUUCUUCAAGGAGAAGAAAAAAAAAAUGAAUCACUAUGCGAUUCAGCAGAACGGGUUCGCUGCCUGUGAAGAGAUUUGGGCGAGCGCCGCUGCUGCCGGCAGAUCCGUGGAAAAGAAAGGGACUGUUGUAUGCCCUAAGCCAAGGCGGUUUGGCUUAAAUCAAACAGCUUUUGAACAACCUUCAUAUGGGAGGAUCUUGAGAUGGCAUGUCAGCCAUCAGCAAGACGAUUGUGAUGCAAAAGCUGGAAAUGAACUCCUGGACAUAAUUCUUCCAAAGUUUGGUGUUGGAUGUAUGUAUGUGCAGGGUGGUGUGGAUCAUCAUCAGGUAGUUGCUGGGUCGUCUCCCCCAUUUUUUUCCGGAUCUCCGCCGAGUAGAGUAUCUAACCCACUAAUUCAAGAUGCACGUUUUGGGGAUGAGAAAGUUAGUCCAGUUUCGCCGCGGGCAAUGGCAAUUCCAAUCCCAAUCCCAUCGUCCCCCCGCAAGGGUGGUGGUUGUGUUCGGGGCAAUUUUGGCAACAAUCCGGCCGUGAGGAUCGAGGGUUUUGACUGCCUCGACAGGGAUAGGCGCAAUUGCAGUAUCCCUGCCCUGGCAUGAUGACGAUGAGUUCGAGAGAGAGAGUACAUACAAAUAAAUACAUAGAUCUCAACGAGAGAGAGUAUUGUCGUUAUCAUUGCAUUGAUCAACUGAACCAGCUGGCUAGCUAAGCAAGGGCCGGCCGGAUCAUUGAUCAUUUUGUCUAGCACAAGCACUAGAGCUAG